GUAGGUAACGGUGGAUGUGGAUUGGCUGGAGGAGCCUGAUGGCCUCCCCUCUCCUGGGGCUGCCUUCCUUCGGUCAGAAGCUAAGGAAGGCACCGCAGGGAGAGGGGAGGCUACGCUAAUCACCUUGCUGAUUAGGAAGGUCUGGAUAUCCUGAUGUAGGACUCUGAAGGCUGGCCAAACUCUGCCCAGUGUUGGUGUUGGGGGAGACCAGAGGGAAGUUUAUGUGGACUUGGAAAACAUGGGUAAAAAAGGGGCCUGGAUGCUGCUGGAGGGGAAAGCGUGAAUUUUGGGUUGGCUGCCUGUGGCCUCAGGCCGGCACGGACAGGGCCAUUGACCCUUGGGCACAGGUGACACAGGACUGCCUGUAAACAGUGUUAGUAUUUCAUAGCUUUUAUAUUUAGGGAGUUAAUGACUCCAAAGAAAGCAGAUUUUAAUCUAAACAGCUAUUCUUUGUGCUGUGUCAGUCCUGGACAUCAAAGAGAACAUCAAAGUGGGAGGCAUGAAAGGCUUUGAUGGCAGCACGGCUGCUUUGCCAGGUGUAGCAUCUUGGAGCAGGGCUCCCCCGCUCCUCCGAGGUGGCUCCUGCACCUCCAGCAGGGUUGCUGCACCUCCAGGCAGGCUCCUGUCCCUGCUGCUGUACUGGCUUUGAGCAGGCUCCUGUGCCUCCUCCACACCUCCGAGAGGGCUCCUGCUCCUGUCCCAGCCUGAGGCUCCUCUUGGAUACGUCACAGGUUCCUGACCGCCUUCCCUGGGUUUUGAUGCUGAAUCAGGAUUGUGUUAACUAAAGAUGGAAACACUGGAGUCAGAACUGACCUGCCCAAUCUGUCUGGAGUUAUUCGAGGACCCCCUCCUGCUGCCCUGUGCCCACAGCCUCUGCUUCAGCUGCGCCCACCGCAUCCUGGUGUCCAGCUGCUCCUCCAGUGAGUCCAUCGAGCCCAUCACCGCCUUCCAGUGCCCGACCUGCCGCUAUGUCAUCUCCCUCAACCACCGGGGCCUGGAGGGCCUCAAGAGGAAUGUGACCCUGCAGAACAUCAUCGACCGCUUCCAGAAGGCGUCGCUGAGCGGCCCGAACUCCCCUAGCGAGAGCCGCCGCGAGAGGAGCUAUCGCAACAGCCCGACCAUGUCCGUGGCCGGCGAGAGGAUCGCCUGCCAGUUCUGCGAGCAGGAUCCGCCCCGCGAUGCCAUCAAGACCUGCAUCACCUGCGAGGUGUCCUACUGUGACCGCUGCCUGCGGGCCACCCACCCCAACAAGAAGCCCUUCACCAGCCACCGGCUGGUGGAGCCCGUGCCUGACGCGCACUUCCGUGGACUGACGUGCCUGGAGCACGAGAACGAGAAGGUGAACAUGUACUGUGUUGCUGAUGACCAGCUCAUCUGUGCCUUAUGUAAACUGGUUGGCCGCCACCGGGACCACCAAGUGGCAUCGCUCAGUGACCGCUUCGAGAAGCUGAAGCAAACCCUGGAGACAAAUCUCACCAACCUGGUUAAACGCAACAGCGAACUGGAAAACCAGAUGGCCAAGCUGAUACAGAUCUGCCAGCAAGUGGAGGUGAACACGGCCAUGCACGAGGCCAAGCUGAUGGAGGAGUGCGAUGAGCUGAUGGAGAUCAUCCGCCAGCGCAAACAGGUCAUCGCCGUCAAGAUCAAGGAGACAAAGGUGAUGAAGCUGCGGAAGCUGGCCCAGCAGGUUGCCAACUGCCGGCAGUGCCUGGAGCGCUCCACGGUCCUCAUCAACCAGGCUGAGCACAUCCUGAAGGAGAACGACCACGCACGCUUCCUGCAGACUGCCAGGAACGUGGCCGAGAGGGUCGCCAUGGCAACUGCAUCCUCGCAAGUCCUGAUACCAGAUAUCAAUUUUAAUGAUGCCUUUGAAAACUUUGCUUUAGAUUUUUCCAGAGAGAAGAAGCUGUUGGAGGGGCUGGAUUAUCUAACAGCACCAAACCCACCGUCAGUCCGUGAGGAGCUCUGCACGGCCUCCCAUGACACCAUCACCGUGCACUGGAUCUCCGAGGAUGAGUUCAGCGUCAGCUCCUACGAGCUCCAGUACACCAUCUUCACUGGCCAGGCCAACUUCAUCAGUCUCUACAACUCCAUGGACAGCUGGAUGAUCGUCCCCAACAUCAAGCAGAACCACUACACAGUGCAUGGGCUGCAGAGUGGCACCCGCUACAUCUUCCUGGUGAAGGCCAUCAACCAGGCGGGCAGCCGGAACAGUGAGCCCGCCCGCCUCAAGACCAACAGUCAGCCAUUCAAGCUGGACCCCAAGAUGGCUCACAAGAAGCUGAAGAUCUCCAAUGACGGGCUGCAAAUGGAGAAGGACGAGAGCUCCUUGAAGAAGAGCCACACGCCGGAGAGGUUCAGCGGGACAGGCUGCUACGGCGCUGCCGGCAACGUCUUCAUCGACAGCGGCUGCCACUACUGGGAGGUGGUGGUGGGAUCCUCUACCUGGUAUGCUAUCGGCGUGGCUUACAAGUCAGCCCCCAAAAACGAGUGGAUCGGGAAGAACUCCUCUUCUUGGGUCUUCUCCCGCUGCAACAACAACUUUGUGGUGCGGCACAACAACAAGGAGAUGCUGGUGGAGGUGCAUCCGCAGAUGAAGCGCCUCGGUAUCCUCCUGGACUACGACAACAACGCGCUCUCCUUCUACGACCCGGCCAACUCCCUCCACCUCCACACCUUCGAAGUCUCCUUCAUCCUGCCAGUAUGUCCCACCUUCACCAUCUGGAACAAAUCCCUGAUGAUCCUCUCGGGGCUGCCCGCCCCAGAUUUCAUCGAUUACCCUGAGCAGCAGGAGUGUAACUGCCGGCCCCAGGAGUCCCCAUACGUGUCAGGAAUGAAAGCCUGUCACUAGGCUGCCCAGGCCUGCCCGUGCCCCGUGGCAGCGCUGGCCAUGCCCAGUGGGUGCAGGUGGCCAGAGCUGCCCGCUGGCAGCCAUGCCGGAGAGCCGCUGUGGCACCCGAGCAAUUGAGCACCGUCCGCACCCAGCUCCAUCUCGCUUUAAUGGAAAAGUGGAAGAACCUUAAACCACGUCUGGAAAUGAACUGCUGUUGGUGAGCUCCAGAGUGCACAAGGGUGGCUGGAGCAGCUCUUUGGCGGUGGCUCCCACCUCUCCCCAAGAAGAUUGUCACCUGGAUGGUUCUGUCUUCCCUCGGGGGCUGGAAAAGCCAGGGCGGGUUUCAGAGCGACCUGAGGUGCCGUGGUGGUCAGAGAAUGGCUCGUGUGUACCGUGAGGUUGGGACAGGAGGGGUGGGCUCUGGAGCCCGCUGACGGCUGAUGUGGGGGCCCAGAGCACUGAGCAGCACUUUUCAGGGAGGACUUUCCGUGUGGCUGUGGCUCGGUAGCUUCCCUGGUGAGAUGGAUGAGGCUCGGAGCCCUCAGGCUCACUGAGCGCUGGCAGCUGUUGUGUGGUGGAUGGUGUUCACGUGGAGGGAGGGUGGUGGUCCGUGGGAGUGAAGAUGGCACUCAGGGUGUUCCCAGUGGCCGUCCAUGCUGCAGAUGGCAUGCUCCUGAUACAUUUUUGGGGUCCUGCAGUGGAGAGCCACGGACCCCCGGCCCACCAUCUCCUCCUUUGCGAGCUUCCCAGUAAGCAUGGAAGCCUGCAUCCUUGAGGAGAUUUGGCUCCUGGUGCAGAGGUUUGGCACUGCUCCUUCCCGACGCAGGGUCUGGCCAGCAGUGCCCUGCUCCACAGAGGCCUCCAUUAGUGUCCUGUCUGGUGUCCCAGCAGCAAAAACCUCUUCCUGCUCUGAGCCUGCAGUAGAGUCCUGCUCAAAGACCACCUCUAUGCUCUAUGACUCAAAAUUUCAAUUUAUGACCCCAAAUCUUGACUUCUAGCUUGUUUUCCACCAUGCCAGGGGAUUGGACUGCAUGCAUUUUAAAGAUUCCUUCCAACACAAACUAAUCCAUGGUUCUGUGGUGGUGUGAGUGUGGAGCCAUCCUGUCUACUCUGGGGCAAAGGACUGAGUCUGUCUCAGAGGCCCAGAGACCCUGGUUACUGGGAGUUCUUUGGCUGUCACCAGUACUCCCAGUAACCACAAGCAUCGAGUCCCCUGGCCAAGCUCCAGUCUCCAGAUUUAUUUAAGGUGCCAGGAGGAGCUGGGCUGGCACACAAUCCCUGUUGCCACCAUGGGGGUCUGUGGCACAGUUUGGGGCCAGUGGGCGUGUGAGUGGCUGGGACAUUGUGGGGGCAAGGAUUUCAGGCAUUGUGGUGGCCCGAGGCAGCUGGUGCUUGGUCUUUGUUCUGUGGCAUUUGUAACCCCUUUUCCUGCUCUGGAUGUGGUUCCUCAGUGGGACAGGGAACCACUGAGCUGGGGCCACCCAGCUCUCCCAGCCUCUCCCUUCCUGUGGAGCUUGCUGACAGGGAACUACCCCUGCUUUUCAAACCUGAUUUCCUUCUAUGAGAGGGUAACCCACCUUAUUGACCCAGGAAAGCCAGGAGGUAGAAUCUUUUUGGACUUUAGCAGGCUUUUGAUACAAUCUCCCACAGGAUCCUUCUGGACAAAAUGUCCAGCCCACAGCUGGAUGAACACAUCGUGGGUGGGUGAGCAGCUGGCUCGCGGGUCAGGCACAAAGGGUGACAUCAGGCUGGCACUAAUCACUUGUGGGGUUCUGCAGGGCUCCAUCCUCAGCCCCGUGCUCUUCAACAUCUUCAUUAACAAGCUGGAUGCAGGACUGGGAGGAAUCCUAAGUCAGUUUGCUGACAGCAUUAAGCUGGGAGGAGCUGUCAGCUCUCUGAAGGACACAGAGGCCCUGCAGAGAGACCCAUACAAAUGAGACAGAUGGGGAAUCACCAGCUGUGAAGUUUAACAAGGGAAGGUCGUGGAUUCCGUGCCUGGGAUGGGGCAACCCUGACUGUGUGUGUGAACUGGGGAGUGAGAGGGUGUGGAAAGGCCCUGGGGGUCCUGGUCCAUGCCCAGCUGGAUCUCAGUCAGCCAGGAGGGAAAUCAGUGUUCUGGGGGCAUCAGGCCAGGGAGAGGAUUGUCAUGCUCUGCUCAGGGCUGAGGCAGCCUCACCUUGAGCCCUGAGGGCAGUUUUGCACACCACAAUAUAAAAAAGGCAUGAAGCUGUUUAAGAGAGUGGACAAAGGCUGUGAGGACGGAGAAGGGUCUGCAGAGGUCUUGUGAGGGGUGCCUGAGGUCACUUGUUCAGCUGGAGAAGAGAAGGGAGGCCUCUUUGUCAUCUUCAGCUCCUCCCAAGGAGGAGUGGAGGGGCAGGAACCCAUCUCUUCGUUCUUGUGACCAGUGACAGGACUGAAGGAAAUGGCUGGAGCUGAGCCAGGGUGGGGUUAGGUUGGAUGUCAGGAAAAGGUUUUUCUCUCAGGGGGUGGUCAGGCACCGCACAGGCUCCCCAGGGAAUGGUCAUGGCCCCAAAGGCUGCCAGAGCUCAAGGGGCAUUUGAACAAAACUCCCAAACACAGGGUGGGAUUGUUGGGGUGUCCUGUGCAGGGCCAGGAGUUGGAUUGAAUGAUCCUGAUGGGGCCUUUCCAACUCAGCCUGUUCUGUGAUUCUGGAGCCCAGGCUCUGGGAGUGAGUGGCUGGCUUGGACAGGGUGCCUGGGGCUCACACCAUGGGGGCUGUGGCAGAGCCAGGUUGAAUUCACAUGGGGCCAGUUCGGGAUUCAUCUGGUGACCCCUCCCAGUGACCUGGCCAAAGGGGUGUGUGUUGGUGAGCCUGGUGAGCCCAGGAGGAGCGUGUACAUGCGAGCCCGUUGCCCAGCAUGCCAUCUCUCCGUGUCUGGGCUGUGGGUUUUGGGAAAGGGACGUGGGCAGCCCCUCAGGAAAGGAUCUGCUGCAGCACUGCCAGGCUGAGAGGGGUUUCCUUCUGCUGCAGGCUUCUUACCCAUGGUGCCUGGCAGGGCAAGUGGGGGAUACACCCCUCCUUCUGACUCCUCCUGAGCAGAGAAGCAGCUCCGUUUGCUUCUCCCAGCCCGGGGGUGCAGGAGCUCAGGGAGGGUGCAACGGGGGCACGUCUGCCAUCCCCACAGCCUGGCAUGUGGCCCCGUUUCACUUUGGGAGGUUAAAUCACCCUUUAAAGUUGGAUGUUUUUCAUGGGAAGGUCUCAUGGAAGUCCCUGCCACGAGGCUGCUCAUCCUGUGUCACCCCGGAGCGAUGCCAGGCGCUGGAGGUGGAUGUUGGCCCUGGCAAUGCCAAGGACGGCGCUCUCAGCAUCCUCACCUCAGAGACUAUGAGCCCUAAGCGUGGCUUUUGCACCUGAUGAAAUUGCACUAAUUGUGGGACCCCCUGGCCCCCACACGUGUCUCGUACUCGGCCAGGCGGGGGAAGCCCCACACCCCAAGCAGGGGCUGGGGCCUUUCCCAUGCACCCCCAUUGUCCUCUUGUGGUACUGAAAGCAGAGCCCAGCCAAUUGUUACCACGAGUUGGGGAGCAGCAGCCCCCUCCCUGGGCCCUGCCCAGGACGUGGAGGGGGGCUCAGAGUGCUGCUGCUGGUUCCUCUGCUCCUGGUGACACCAGUGUACAAGUUUGGGAUGUGUGGACUCCUGGCUUCCCUCAGCCUCCCCUUCCACACGUAACAUUCCCGCUUCUGUUUUGUUUGGGGGGAAGGCUGUUCUUCCUGUUGGGUUUUUUCCCUUUUUGUUGAUUUUUUUUGGCAACUUCUUUGUUAAUGUGUGUACAUAUAUAUAUAGAUAUAUAUAUAAAAAUAUAAUAUAAUAUAAUAAUAUAUAUAUAUACGUUGCUGGGUAUGUCUGUGUGUGGUGGGGGCCAUACGGUGAGGACAGCCCUGGGAUCUUCUUGCUGGCCAUCACAGUGUUCCCCAAACCUGGCAAAGCAUAUGGCCAGGCAUCCACAGAAGCAGAGGGGACUCUUGGGAUCACCCAGCAGCAGCUUUCCUUGUGCUGGGCUCAGCUCAGCCUGAAGAGCCCAGGGGUUGGCCAGGCACAGGGGAUGCUAAAGCUCCAUCCAAAAACAUCUGUACACAUAAAUACCGAGCACCCUGCUGCCCCCCCGGAUGAUGUCUCAUUUUCCAGGACACUGAGUGUGCCAGCCUGCCCUUUCCCCAGUCCUGGAUGGCCACGAGGACGCUGGACAUCUCUGAGUGCCAGCCGUGUCCUCCUGGUGCUCUCGCCCCCCCAGUGCCUUGGAGAGGGUGAGGAUGAAGCCGGCGGUGGGGCCAAGCUGGCGAUGGCGCUGAGCACCGGCCGUGACAGAGCCCCUGCCAUGCACAGGGACUGGAGCCAGCAGGGAGGAACUCGGGGUUCCCCUCUCCCAGCCCUGGGUGCACAUCCCUUGGGGCUCCCAGGCAGGACUGGGCCCAAACACUGGGGACUCCCCGUGCUGGAAUGGGGCCACUGGCCAGAAUCUGCUGGAGAAGGGGCAUUGGAGGACAGCCUCAUGUGGGGGAGUACAGGCACACAAACCACCAGAAGACAGAGCCUAUUUUUGGAGCACAAGUGCCUAAAAUAUUUAUUAAGUGGAAAACAUACGGUGCAAACCAACGCUGUGGAAUUAAAUAUUUCUUACUUUAUGCCUUUGCUCCACGCUUUUUCCUGUUAAAGAUUAACCAGCAGCACAUGGAACCUGCCUGGAGGAUGAGUUGCUGCUUCUGCUACGGACAAACCUGUGGCAUUUGCAUCGGUCAGAGCUCUGCCCUAGCUGUGGGGUGUCAGUGACACACAGCAGUGGUGGGCUGGGUCUGGUGCUCCUGCUUCUGCCCAGAGCCCCACGCUGGGGAGUGGGGAGCAGCAGCACCCAGGGCUCACAGCCUCCAUUUCCAGACGUUGUAUUCCCCGGUCCAGAGAUUGGCAGGGUAG